AGCACGCUUUUGUUCACUCAGAAGUCAGACAGACGGGUCUUUACAGAGGUGCCUUUCACGUUACUUACCAAAUGUGUUUAUAAAACGCUGACAGCAACGGGCUCGCCGUUCAACUCGAUACUUUUUUUUUUUCAACCUACAGCGCCAGUUUUGGGAGACUUAAAUGAGUUCCUGUUGUACUUUGGCCGUGUGAAGUUGUUCAAACAAGGGGACAGCAAGGUACCGUGAGUAAGUUCACAGCACUCCUGGAGGAGAGGGGAAGGAUUUUCCUUUGAACCAGUUCCCCGUCGGGUUUCUUGGAGUACUGCUGUCAUGUACAGUUAGUAGACAUUUUACAUGUUGUUUGACAGAAAGGAGAGAGUAAGCUUAUGCUACCCUUCAUCCUCCUCGCUGGAUAUCUAUGGAGAGGGUGUCCUGUAUGCUCUCACGCAGCUGUUGGGAGUUACUUGCGGCCGAGGCAACACCGUGAGUGUUGAAUUCACCGACCUGGAUAGCAGAAGACGACACACUUAACCUCAUUUGAAUGCCUUUGCAAGGAGUUUGCUGGUUUCUGUGCUGCAGGCAGGGCUUCAGUUUGCUCGGACGGGACUAUGGGGAGAAAGAGGAGGAAGAGUCUUUUGAAUUGCGCAAUAAGGAGGACUUGACUCCCAAUGGACGGAGUCCAACUGAGGUGACUGUUUCUCAACCAACUUGCACAGCCAAUGGAACAAAUGGGCACACUGUCUCAGAGGGGUCUGAAGAGAUGAAGAGCCUGAUUAUUGAGAAGAAUAAAAUGGGCCUGGAGGAAGAGCCUGAACUGCUGGUCAAAGGGUGGCUGUUGCGGGAGGUGCGAGGAAAUUGGAUCAAGCAGCGUCGGUACUGGUUUGUGCUGAGCCAGGACUCCCUGGACUACUACAGCGGACCAGAGAAAGGAGCCCGCAGACUGGGCACUCUGGUCCUCACUAACCUCUGCUCUGUCAUCUGGCCAGACAAGCAGACAUACAAGGAGACUGGUUAUUGGAGCAUCACAGUAUACGGGCGGAAGCACUGCUACAGGCUGUAUACUAAGCACUUCAACGAGGCAGUCCACUGGGCAUGUGCCAUCCAGAAGAUCAUUGAUACCAAAGCACCAGUGGAAACACCAACACAGCUCCUGAUUCGAGACAUAGAGGAGAAUAAGUUUCACCCUGAGGUAGUGGAGCACAUCUACCAGCACAAUCCCAUCCUGAAGUAUACCCAGGGUCCCUUGUACGCUCCUCUGCUGCCCUUCCCCUACGGCAGCCUGGAGCACACAUAUCACAGUGGGAAGGGUUACGGCUCGGUGCGUGAGGAGGCCGUGAAGCUCUUCAACUGCCUGCAGCAGCUGGAGUCGGCACGGGAGCCAAUUCCCAUCAUCCAGGGCGUGCUGCAGACAUGUUUGGAUCUUCGGCCCCUCCGCGACGAGGUCUACUGCCAGCUAGUGAAGCAGACAAGCUACACGCCCGCCCCGUACACUGCCGCACACCUCCGAUACUGGCAGCUUCUCACCUGCAUGAGCUGCACUUUCCUGCCUGGGGUCACUGUGCUCAAGUACCUGCGAUUCCACCUCAAGAGGAUCCAGAGCCAGAGCCCUGAAUCUGAGAUGGAUAACUAUGCGUCAUUCAUCAGCGAGGCUCUGGAGAAGACCAAGUGUCGGGAGUGUGUGCCAUCCUGGGAGGAGAUCCAGAUGCUGAUGAGCCGACAGGAGAUGCUGUGCACUGUGCACUAUCCUGGCCCCGGAUCUUGCCAGCUCUACAUCAGCUCACACACCACUGCCAAUGAGGUGGUUCGAAGGAUGCAGGAAAAACUCAGCCUGCAAGACAGCAAAAACACGUUUUCACUGUUCGAGCAGAAUGCACUGUGGGAGCAGCCGGUUGCAGGCAGCGCUCUGAUCGCAGACAUCCUGACCAGCUUUUCCACCAAAGAGUCUGAGUCUAAAACCCAGUGGAAGCUGUGUUUUAAGCUUUACUGCCUGUUGGAUGCUGACAGCAUAUCUGUGGACAGCAUUGAAUAUCUCCUCCUCUUUGAGCAGUGCCACGAGAUGGUGGUACGUGGCCAGCUGCCAGCCUCAGAAGAGGACCUGCAGGCCUUAGCUUCCCUGAGGCUUCAAUGUCUGAUGGGUGACUUCACCACACAUGCCCCCUGCCCGCCUCUGGACGAGCUUUUCCCAGGUCACAUGCUAGAAGCUCGAGUCCUCAUGUCCCUCUCUGCAAACCAAGCCUUGCCUCCUUGUCAGGUGGCGGCUCAGGACUGUCCCGCGACGCAGCGCUUCCCCUCAGGACUCCUGACAGGGACGCUGUGGAGCCACACAGCCACAGCAGCGCACAAGCAGAAGGUGGAGCAGGACCUGCGUCUGCGCAGCCGGCUGAAGGAGGAGGCGUCGGCUGUCAUGGGAUCCAUCUUGGAGCGUUGGAAAGGUCUGGCCGGAUACAGCCGCAGGGACAGUAUGGCUGCCUACCUCACAAUUGCACGCCAGUGGUCGGGCUUUGGAUGCACUCUUUAUGAAGUGGACUUUUAUAUUAGUUCAACAGGAAAUUUUUCCCAGAAGUUGUGGUUGGGUGUAGCUGCUACAUCCGUGUCUCUCUAUCGGCAGGGAGAGGCAGAGGCCCUGGAGUGUUUCCCUUAUGGACAGAUCUGUUCCUACGGCGUAUCUGAUAGCAAUACCUUCAAGAUCACAGCUGGGGAUCGGGAUCUGCUGUUUGAAACCACCAAGCUGACUGAGAUCAUGCAGCUGAUGAAUGCGUAUUUCAGUGCCAUCCGUCGCCAGCGAGGGAAAGGGGAAGAUGCGGACAUCACCAUAGCAGAAAGCACAGAGGUGGGAUUCCAUCACCUGGCCUCCACACUGACACCAACUCUCCUGGAGCUGCCCUCGCACCCUGUUUGAGAGGGAAACCCAUUACCCGGACACCCCCACAACCCCCACCGUCCUCCUCCAUGUGGGCCCUAUGUGGCCCAACCCCAGUCCUCAGGACACCACGCCUCCUCCACUGGGAACGGCACGGCAGCCAAAACAAAGAGAGCGCUGUUUUCGCUCCCCAUCCGUGAAAAUAAACCCUUGCUGAGCUUUCCAGCUGAAGGAGCUGGCCGAUGGAGGAGGGAGGGGAGGUGGGAAGGGGACGGGAAGGCAAGGCAAGGGGUUCUGUUUUGCAAGUGAGGCCAGAAACCCACAGAAACCAAUGCGGUUGCUGAUGAGCUGUCACACACCCUCCACCCCAUCCUGUCACGCAACCACCUCUUGUUACCCUACAUGGCAACACCUCGCCACGCCACCACCGCCACCCCCCCCCUCCCCCCACCCCCGUCGACAAUGUGAGACGUUGGCAUGAGCCUUGCUACAUCAGGGAGAGAUAGCAUCAAAAGAGUUAGGACUUGUGGAAACAAUAAGCUGUGGUACUCCCCUCGUGAAGGUAUGGCUUAGAGUGAAAACACUACUCUCUCCUUUCUCUCUUUCUUUCGAAGUGUGCCAUAUUUAUAUUGCCUUUCCUAGAAGGCAGUCGUCCCUCAUGCACUGCUGGAAUAGUGUUGAGAACAUUCAGUGACACGCGCACGCACACACACAUUCACACACCCUCUCCUGUCUUCUGUCUUUUCCUCUCUCUCUUUCACCCACGCACACACUCACUCUCUCACGUGCCCUUAUGCUGACACGUUCAUCAGAGACGGUCAGUUUUCAUAAGGUCCCCGCCAGGCUUGCAUUACCUGGAACUGUUGAUGCAGUGAGCCAUGUGAACUUGGAACUGGAAACAGAUGUUGAACUCUGUGGCUAAGUCACUUUGGCUGCCAUGGCCAUAUAGACUCUUACCUAUGGGAUUAUGUGUGUGUGUGUGUGUGUGUGGGUGGGUGCGUGUAUGUAUGUGUGUGUAUGUUUGAUCAAGAAAAACCAUUUCCUGGAUGACAUUCAGGAUCUGAGCUAAUUGUGUUUCACAUAAACCAAAGGAUUUUGGAGCUGUUUCUUCAUUGUUUCCACCAAAUGCUCUCAUGCGUCCUUUGUUGUGCUGCUUGUCUUGGCUGUAAUCCUUGACACGAAACUUGGUUAACACUUGACUGAUUAGAUAAUUACGCUUAUGUCAGUUACUACCCUAAUGCAGCUCUACUCUGCUGAAAAUAACAGGUGCUUCUCUGUUGAUUGUUAUUUUCACAAUGUAUAUAUGUUUAAUGGGAGAAAUUAGAGUAAACAUAAACCCCCACAGUCAAAGAUGAUUUAAAGAGACACCAUAUUUUUUUUCCACGCACUUCCCCAUCUGUCCUGUUAUUUAAACAGAAACCCUUUUUUUAAAAUCAGGCCAUAGAUGCUUUUGUAGUAUUAUUUAUGCAAACGUUGCUAUUUUUUUUUGUACUGUUCUUUAUGUCUUAAAUGCAGACCCAGAUGUGUUUUGAUAAAAAGGUUAACCAGAAGCCAUAAAUGCUUUUGGUUCUGCUCCUUAAAGCAGUUCAGAUGUGUAAAUCCUGUGUAGCUCCUUCUUUGUGUUCACUGUUUGAGUAUUCUUGUGAAGCCAAAGUUUCGCCAAGUCAUGGGUUUGAGCAUGGACCAAAGAUGUGUUUUUUUUGUUGUUGUUUUUUUAAAUAAGCUUUUAUAAUAAGAAAUGAUCCCAAAGCAGACAGAUCCACCCACCCAACUUAUAUUUGACUGUUCUCACAUGUACUCAUUUUUCUUUUAAACUUGAAUGUCAGACAAAUAUGAAGACAUCCUGUUGUAUGCGUUGUACACCUUUUUUAUGUUAAAUGUAGUAGAUGAGGUUUUAGGAGACCAUAGAUUUGUAAAUAUAACUUUAGAGUACUGUCUGCUACACAACCCCAGGCAAUAACCAACCUCAAGACUUAAAUCCUCUCACCAUGAAAGGCCUUGACGAGUCAUUGCACAGUCAGUCCUGUCUCCUGCUCAGAAGCAGGUCUUUGCUUUUUCUACUGCAGCUGCAGGCAGCUCCGAGCUACACGUAUAAAAAGAAAAAAAAAAA